UGCCCCUCCCAAAAGACAAUAAGGUGCAGACCGGUUAAACCGGCCCUGCCAACAAGAAAGUGGAGUCCAUGGCAAGCAAGCGCCAACGGUCCGCUGAGAGUCCCAAGCAAGGGGCCCCAGUGAGCAAGAGGCUGCGGGCACCUGGCUCCACCCAAACGGACUCUAAGAGACAGAGAGCAACCUUCGAAGGCACUGGCUGGAAGAAUGGUGUCAAGAUCCUGACAUGCAAGGACGACCCAACAUUGUUGUGGCUGAAAGCGACCGUACCCAUACUGGACGGACUAUGGAAGGGGGCAAAGCUGGACGUGGUGGAUAGAAAUAAUAUUCCGUCCAUGCCAAAGGUGAAGGUCCUGUUCUCCAUAGCUGUGCAGGGUGAGCGGGCGCUUCAGCUGCUUAAAAAUCAGAACCCGGCCAUUCCGACGAGUGAUUGGUCCGUCCUGAAGGUUGAUGAACCUUUACCCAGUGGUGGGCAGCACGUGAUCAUUCAGAUCAAUAAGGAGGCCGAGGAUCUGCUGUAUAAGCGCAAUGGGGGCUUAGGGAGCGAGUACCUUCGCCUCAAAAAACGUCAUCCGAACGACAAAGACACCCACACGCUGAGGUCAGGGGAGGUAGAGGCAGAUCUCGGGCUAGAGAGCAUGACUGACGCCACCCUGCACCUCAACUUGACGGAGGAGGUGGGGGAGGAACCGUCCAAGCAGACGGGCCCCCCGCGAGUGUGCAAACCGUUAAUGAGUGUGCUGCAGCUCAACCUCCACAAAUCUAAAACGGCUUCGGCGGAGCUCCUCCUCGCACUAGAGGAAGGGUCCGCCUACGCGGCUUUGGCCCAGGAACCGUAGAUAGCAUCGGGCAACACGGUUGCAGGGCUGAAAUCACCUAACUACAAUUUAUACGUCCCGACAUUGCAAUGAUGAUCUGACCGUGGUGGUGCUGGAGAGCUGUGAUGGAUGUUUGCUGCUAGCAUCCUGCUACAUGG